GGGAAACAAGAAGCAGCUGGCAGGUAAAAACGUGCAAGUUUGUCGGACUAAAUAUCCAUUUUUACGGGAAAUACAAAGGUUUUCUUACUCAGACCAUGGCGAUGAGAAGCGAGGCCAGAGUGGAGGCAGAGGUAGAAGAGGAAGAAAACUUUGGGCCACAGCCCCUGUGUAGACUGGAGCAAUGUGGAAUCAGCGCCAGUGACAUCAAGAAGCUGGAGGAUGCAGGGUUCCACACCAUCGAAGCGGUGGCCUACGCACCCAAGAAGGAGCUGCUCAACAUCAAGGGCAUCAGUGAGGCCAAAGCUGACAAAAUUCUAACUGAAGCUGCCAAACUGGUGCCUAUGGGCUUCACCACAGCCACUGAGUUCCACCAGAGGAGAGCAGAAAUCAUCCAGGUCUCUACGGGCUCCAAGGAGCUGGACAAACUCCUGCAAGGUGGCAUUGAGACAGGCUCCAUCACAGAGAUGUUUGGAGAAUUUCGGACGGGGAAGACCCAGCUGUGUCACACACUUGCUGUCACCUGUCAGCUGCCUAUUGAUCAGGGAGGGGGAGAAGGUAAAGCCAUGUACAUCGACACAGAGGGAACCUUCAGACCGGAGAGACUCCUGGCCGUAGCUGAAAGGUAUGGGUUGGUGGGCAGUGAUGUUCUGGACAACGUGGCCUACGCCCGAGCCUUCAAUACAGAUCAUCAGACUCAGCUGCUGUAUCAAGCUUCUGCCAUGAUGGCCGAGUCCAGGUAUGCUCUGCUGAUAGUGGACAGUGCCACAGCUCUGUACAGAACUGACUACUCAGGCAGAGGAGAGCUGUCGGCCAGACAGGGACACCUGGGACGUUUCCUCCGCAUGCUGCUCAGGCUGGCAGACGAGUUUGGUGUUGCCGUGGUGAUAACCAACCAAGUGGUGGCACAGGUGGAUGGGGCAGCCAUGUUUUCUGCAGAUCCUAAGAAACCAAUCGGUGGCAACAUCAUGGCUCACGCCUCCACCACACGUCUCUACCUGAGGAAGGGCCGCGGAGAGACAAGGAUCUGUAAAAUCUACGACUCGCCCUGCUUGCCAGAGGCCGAAGCCAUGUUCGCCAUUAACGCUGACGGAGUGGGCGAUGCCAAGGACUGAAGUGGCAGCAGGAAAGCAGCAGAGUCGUGGUAAAUGUUACUCUCACACCUGCUGAACUUGUGUCUUUAACUGCAGGGUUGUGUACGUGUGUGUCGUUCUUCUGCCUUCACAUAAAGCCUCACACUGAUGUGAGAUGGAGGUCAAGGGCUGCGUGAUUUGAUGGUUUCAUGCCGGUUAACCCUGUAAGGUGAUGAGACUGAUCUUCAGGAGCUCAGUGGAGCAACAGCAAGGUGGCAGUGAUGUUCUCUGUAGCUCUUUCAUAUCGAAGCACAUUGUAUUCAACAAAGGAAAAAAGAGACACGUCAUGCAAUUACAAGAUUUGUCUCUGCUGUUAUGAGAUACUGGCUCAUAUUUGUGAUUUAGUAUCUCCAGAAUUACAAAAUAAUGACAUCUUGAUCAUGUAAUUAGAUGCAUGACCUCAGUACCCAAAAAUCUAAAUUGAACAAUACAUUUAUUGCAUAAUUACAUGAUCAGUAUCUCAUUAAUACAAAAAUAUAAUAUGACCUUUACCACAUAUUAUAGUAAUGAGAUCUUUAUUGUAUAAAUACAAAAAAGAAAGAAAAUAACUGAAGAUCUCAUAAUUAUGAUACAUUAGGUCAUAAUUAGAGCUUUUCUUUUUGUUAAAUGCAAUGUAGUUCUGUAAUUUCAUCCAUGGAGUGGAGAAAAUAAUCAUUUUGUAAAAAAUAUUUAAAAUAGUUUGUGAGAUAUUUUUUGUUGUCUCUGUGUUAAGAGUUUCUGCUUCAUGGCAUCUUUGAUUUUGUACGUUUAAUAAGAAGUGCUUUGCAGAGAAUGCAGCUAAAAGGAACAAAGCUGCACUGUAAUGUAGUUAAAGAAAGGAAUGUUAUCGCUUGCCAGCUGCACAACUACUGUUAUGUCCCUUUUCUUUUUCUGUUUACUCGAACCCUCUGUACAUACACUUCAUAGCUAAAUUAAAUGUGUUUUACCAUUAAAA